UGUAUUUACUGUAUGUCAGAUGAAGAAGAGUCUGAAGACAUGGACACAAACAUACUUUAAGCCCUAGAUUGAACUCUCCAACUGCCCAUCACCAUAUACACACACAAUCAGACAAUACACACACACAUCUUCAUGUAGGAACUGAAAGAAGCUUCUUUCUAGUACAAAUAUCUACAACUAUUGUACUAUAAUCUAUUUCCCCCAAUUAUACACACAGCUCUUGUAAGUAUGUAUCCAAGCAAGCUCGAAGACGACGAUCUCUUCAAUCUCGACCCAAACCAAGCCCACCCCUCCAUUCUUGACCCUUUUUCACUCCCACCCAUCUCCCCGAUUCCUCUAUUUCCCGACGCCGAUUCCGAUGCCGACUCCUCGGACGGCGUUUUGGCCGGAAAUUCAAGAAGUCUUCAUUUUAUCAACCCGGACCCACAUAUUUCGACGCAGUUCUAUACUUUUAAUCAGCAAUCGCAUGCCCUUAUGAUCAAUUGCAUUCUUAGCUCGCGGGUUGCGAAUCCUGAGGAGAUCAGAGUGGCUACUCCGGCGAGUGUGCUGUCGAGCUGGAGGUCGGUGUGGAAGGACCGGAAUGAGGAUACUGCGUAUGUGACUGCUUGGAAGCGGAUUCAAGAUAAGUUGAAUGUUCAUGUUGAUGAUAAGAAUGGUAAUAGUUUUUUGUGUUUUAAAAAUAAUUGUAAUCAAUUUGUGUCGUAUACUGAUCAAUGGCAAGAUAUUGUGAUGAGUUCUCAUUCGGGGUCGGAUUUUAAGCAUGUUGGACUUAGGGAGACUAUAGAGAGGAUUAAGCAGGUUUGGACUGUAGGUGCUAAGUUUUAUGGGAUUCCUGAGUCUUUUAUUAGGGUUUGUGUUACUGAGUGUCCUGUGUGUUGUGAGUCUGCACCUAGGAAUAAGAGGAGGAGGUUUGAGUACACAGAGUCGUUUGAGGUGCCUGCGAAUGAGGUGGCUAGUAAGUUGCAUGAAUUGGCUGCGAAGCAUAAGGUUGUUUUAUGUAUUAGGCAGAAGUAUAUUAGGUGUAAGCCAUUUAUGGCUGAGGUUAAGGAUUAUGCAUGUCAUCGGGCUGGAGAGCCUGCGUCGACUUCAAAGAAAUCAAAGAUUAUGAAGAGGGAACCGUAUGCGUCUAAGAGGUGUGGCUGUGGGUUUAGGAUCCGCGCGAUUGUCCCUAUUUCGAAGUAUAAUGAAAAGGAUAAAACUUUUGUUUAUGAGGAAGAGGGGGUAGCUGUGUUCAAGCUGUAUGCGGUGCAUUCAGGGCAUGAACCAGGGCCGUUAGAUGGUAAUGCUAGGAUUAUGCACAGGGUUGUUGGAAAUAAAGGUGGGUUUAUGGAUCAUGAUGUAGUGUAUGGUAUGAGUGAGGAGGUAGAUAACGAGAAUUUUUCAGUCAGGGGAAAGGAUGAUGGAGAUAUGCAGCUCUUUUUUCUGCAGCAAGCGAAGGAAUUGAAAACUGAAAUCGGGCUUCUUGAAGGAAAAAUUGGGGACAUUCCAUCAGAAGUGCUAGGUUCUCUGUCACAAGCUCUUUUCGAAACAGUUAAUAAAUUUCGCAGUCUCAGAGAACAUGGUGCAAACAUAGUUAGCUUUCUCUCGGAUAAACGACAAUCAGAUGACCUCUUAGUGGGGGAGAGUGAUUUGGCAGAUUGGGGUAGUCACCAUCAGCAAAUCUAUGGAAAUGGCAAGAAUACAGAACUCAUUGAUGAUGACGAAGAUAGUUUUGAGAGAACUCUUGGUGAUGUUUCUACAUGGGAUCAGAUCAGAACAGAAUGCAGGGUUGAGAGGGAUUUGCUUGGUGAGACUUGUAAACAUGAGAAGUGGUUGAAAUGUAGUGACUUUGACGAGAAGAGUAUACUCGACUGUGAGGAAUCUAAAGUAAUUAAACCCAUGAGGGAUGGUGUGACUAUAGAAUCAGAUGGCGGUCUUACCGGUUUACAGGUUGAUAGUUUCUAUGUCCCUGAGAACCCAAAAUGGUUUGAUUCUACUUGCGGGUUGGAGGAUUCUACUGGUGAUUGUGGCAAUAGUGAAUUUAGACCUGGGGAGACUGUAUGAAGUGAGAUAGCAAUGGGUUUAGACACAAAAAGAUAAUCUGAUCUGUGAGCUUAUUAGGCACAAUUCUGCCUGAUCUCAGUGUGAGUUGUAUAUUAAUGUAAACUGAAGAUUUGGAUCUCUGAUAUGCUUUAGGUGAUUUUUCAGUUUUGUGGUUCUGUAAAGUAUAGCCUCUGCGCUUUGCUGCACAUACUUCUUUAUGUCUGUAAGUUAAACAGUUGCGAGCUUUCUUAUUAUUAACCUAAUUAUGUUUCAUGUCCA